CCAUUCACAUGGUUGCUCAACUUCCGGAGUGCUUCUGGUUUACUGACCACAUCAGACCCACAUGUAACUCACGUGUAAACAAAUCCGGGCAGAAAUUCUUGGUGAAUAUUUGAAGAUAAAAUGACGUACACCGACGGAAUCGUGAAACCGAAGACAAAGCGGGCGAAACGAUUUCUUCAGGGCAGAGAACCCAAACUAACGGAAAAUGUUAAGAAUGCGAUGAUUAUGAAAGGAGGGAACACAACUGACACAGUCAGCCAAGCACUGAAGGAUAUUUAUGCUUUGAAGAAACCAAAUGCAGUGCUGUACAAAAAGAAGAACAUAAUGAGACCGUUUGAAGACUCGACAUCUUUGGAAUUCUUCUCAAAAAAAUCGGAUUGUUCAUUGUUUUUGUUUGGAUCUCAUAAUAAGAAAAGGCCAAACAACCUCAUAUUUGGACGCUUGUUUGAUUAUCAUGUGCUGGACAUGAUAGAGUUAGGUAUUGAGAAGUUUACCUCUCUGAAAGAUAUCAAGAUGAGCAAGUGUCCGGAAGGAACCAAGCCUAUGCUGGUGUUUGCCGGGGAGGCCUUUGACUUCGACAAUGAGCACAAACGCCUGAAGAGUGUCUUGAUCGAUUUCUUCAGGGGACCCACUGUGUCAUCAGUGCGUCUGGCAGGCCUGGAGCAUGUGCUACACUUCACAGCCCUUGAGGGGAAGAUCUACAUGCGUAGCUACAAAGUUUUGCUGAAAAAAUCUGGGUGUCGGACUCCAAGAAUUGAAUUGGACGAGAUUGGACCUUCGUUUGAUUUUGUCCUCAGAAGAACUCAUCUAGCAUCUGAUGACCUGUACAAGACUGCACACAGACAGCCCAAAGCCCUCAAGCCCAAGAAGAAGAAGAACAUAUCCCAUGAUGCCUUUGGCACCAAGUUUGGUCGCCUGCACAUGCAGAAGCAGAACCUGGAAAAACUGCAGACAAGGAAGAUGAAGGGACUAAGGAAGAGGAGAGGACAGCAUGUCGCCACGGAGACUGCUGCCACGGAGACUGCUGCCACAGAGACUGCUGCCACAGAGGAGUCAACCUCGCCAAAGAAACUCAGAGUAGAUGAGUGACUGAGCAAGUCCCAGUAGACUCUGACAUCAAGGUGAUGCGAUUGCUUUUGGUUGAGGACGCAAGUUGUAGAGUUCUGCGAGGUUAUUUUGACCUCACAUGUCUUUCAGUUUUUUUUUUACUGUAUAAGCCUGGCAAACUGUGGAAGGUACAUUUGUGAAGACCAAUGCUGGUGAGAAUGUCAUGCAAAUAUUGUAUCUGUUCUUAUUGAUGCAGUAUUGCAAUAAAUAUUUUAUUGGGA